AUGACCGUUCUUUCGCUCUUGCUCACUCUCUUCGCGGUCCAGUCUGUCACAUCUGCGAAUCCAUCUCCUCAAGUCUUGGACCCACGAGCACUGAACGAAUAUGCGCCUGUUUCGGCUUCGUGUCCAAGCACGCAAAUUGUGCGUGGUGCGACCAACAUCAGCUCAGAUGAGGCGCGAUACAUAACUUCCCGCAAGCAAAAUGCAGAUCGAUCUCUGGCAGGUUGGUUACAGAAGCAAGGCGACUUCCACCCAGGCUGUCUGCCCUCUGUUGGAUUUGCGGCGUCUGGUGGCGGCUAUCGAGCUUUGCUAGAGGCGGCUGGUGUCAUGCAAGCAUUCGAUGCGCGAGACACGAAGGCCAGCACUGGUGGGCUGUACCAAGGCUUUACCUACCAGGCAGGAUUAUCUGGUGAGCAGUCCCGAGGCGCGUUGGAAAGUUGGAUUGAAACUAACUUCAGUCAGGCGGGGCCUGGUUUACAUCUUCAUUGGCUGGAAACAAUUGGCCUACGGUAUCCUAUCUCCACGAGAAAUUUUGGAAAGAUGCAUUUGAGAGAAGCUUGCUUGUUCCGGCAACGUUGCUCAAAGCAGCAGAAUACCCGGAAAUCCUCUCCGAUCUUGUUGCCAAAGAAGCUGCCGGGUUUCAGACCACCAUCGUCGAUGCAUACGGCCAACUGGUCUCGUACCAGCUUCUGCCAGGCAAUACGGGAGGCGACAGCAUCCGUAUGUCUGGGCUCAAAGAUCUGAGCAACUUCACCAGUGCCAGCGUCCCAUACCCAAUCCUUACGGCUCUCGGAGUCGACAUGAGCUACGAGGGUCAAUGCGACGCCUACUUGAACGCCACGCAGUACGAGUUCCAUCCGUACGAGUGGGGUUCAUGGGACAAGGGCGUAUCUGCAUUCGCCAGGACCCAAUAUAUGGGCAGCAAUCUGACCAACGGCUCUCCCACGCACAGUGGCAAAUGCAUCGAACACUACGAUAAUCUCGGCUACAUCCUCGGCACUUCCAGUGACGUCUUCACGUACGCGCUCUGCGGUAUUCUCGCGCCUGUAGCAAACGUUGACGAGGGCCUCGAAAACACUCUCAAAGUUGUUCUCAACGGCAGCGGGAUUCCGCAACCCUUGAAAACUGCCGCCGCGCCGCUUGGGAACAUCCUGGAAGCCAUUGUCAAUGACACGAGCGAGGAACGUGAACCUAGGUAUAUGGAUCUGUUUGGCAGUUACCCGAACCCAUUCUAUCAGUACCCGCAGAGUACGACGGUGAACCAACACGAGCUCAUCACCAUGGUAGACGGCGGACUUUCAUUCCAGAAUGUUCCUGUCUGGCCUUUCAUCCAGCCUGGCCGUGACCUCGACGUCCUCAUCGCCGUCGACUGCACCGCCGACACGGACCAGAGCUUCCCCAACGGAACGGCAAUCCGCCGAACAUACUUGAACGCCCAGGCAGCCGGUCUUACCAGGAUGCCUGCCAUUCCACCCGCGGAGACUUUCGUUUCUCAGGGCCUGAACAAGCAUGCGGUCUUCUUUGGAUGUAACGAUCCACACGUAUUGACACUGAUCUGGUUGCCCAACGUGGAUUACGUUUAUCCUUCUAACCAAAGCACCUUCAAAUUUGAAUACACCCAAAAAGAAACUGCCGGGAUGUUACUGAACGGGAAUGCCAUUGCGACACAGAACGGAACGGAAGGAUGGGGUUUCUGUUUGGCGUGUGGAAUCAUGAAUGGGAAAGCUGACCUUCCUAGUGGGUGUGCUGAGUGUCUGGAGAAGUAUUGUUAUAAGAGUAAAUAG